AGUAUUGUUUUUAAGCAUAUUUAGCUACGUUAACAUAAAAAUGUCGAAUCAAGAGAGCCAACAAGUUUCCCCAGAUUCCACUACAGAUCCGAGUUCAAGCGCCACGGGAGAGCCGUCAAAGACGAGCUUUAUUGAAACUCCCGGAAAAGGAGGAUACUCAUUUAUGGAAAAGCGCAAAACGUACAACGUGAUUGUAGAUGACGAAGAUGUUACCCCUGACAAUAUAGUCGACCCAGACUUCGUUACAAUGAUCGACACAUUUACACAUGCAGCUUUCGAGAGCAAACAGCGAACAAAGAGUGAAGUCGCUCUUAAAGCUAAAUCAACUGCCGACAUGGGUAUGAAUGUAUUCGCCACUACCAUAUCCCUUGACGACAUACAUAUCGAUCACACACAAAACACCGAAGAGGGUUAUAUCCCUUACGAUGGUGAUUUAGAAGUUGCACCUUCCGCCUUUUACUUACAUAAAAAAUAUGCCGUAAUGUCGUAUCCACCUGAAGUGUUCGUGGUCUUGAAAGAAACCGAAACAGUUUUCUUAUUCGAAUUGCCAUGUUUUUCAUACGAGAAAAAUACAGCCGAAGCCGCUGCGGUCGAAGAAGAAAACGAAUUCUACCAAUACAUAACUGUUGGUAAGGGUAAGAAUAGAAAAAUGGUUAUGGAAGAAACCCAAACUAAACAAUGCGUCUUACAGUCUCGACAUACUUUAGCUAUUAGACCACAGAAACAAAAUGCUUCAGCGUUCGCGUCUAUGUGGGACAUGCACGACACUUACGCAAAACUAGCGAAUGUAAAGCCAGCGAUGGAGCCAGAUGAAAUGGUGCUGUACCAGUCGGCUGCGCCAACAUUACUCCGCAAAAAACGAGUCGUUCUAGACAAGACUGGACAUGAGAAGAAGGGAAAAAUAUUUGGUGAAGUAGCGACAAUGCCCCCAUUCUUGGAUGCAGUCUUAUUAACAGAAAGAGUUCUUUCCACAACAGUAUACUCUGAUGCUCAAAAAAUAUUCAGAGGUCUAGUAGGAACGGAUCCGCUAUCAUUAGAUUUAAUAUAUAUCUAUACAAUGAAACCGUUGUGGACUUUAGAAUGUGAUGAGGCAGCUAAUAGGCCCAUAGCGAGUGUUUCUUUCAACCCUAAAAACGAAGACAUAUUGGCUGUAGCACACGGUAAAUACAGUUACGCUGAAAGUUUUAAGGGAUUGGUCAAUGUUUGGUGCACAAAGAAUCCUUGUAUACCAGAGAGGACGUAUCAUUUUGACGAUCCUGUAACGUCUGUUGCGUUUUCGGAUCAAAACCCUAAUUGGUUGGGGUGCGGCUUUGUCAAUGGAGACGUUCUGAUAUUAGACAUUACGUCGUACACUAUUAAAACUGUAGCUAAGAGCAAACGAGAUACUAAUCCGUGUUUUGAACCAAUCUGGGCCCUCAGCUGGAGAGGUCCCGACAAAGAAAGUCAAUAUUUGAUGGCAACUUGCCAAGAUGGAAGAAUCAAUAAGUUCACCAGUACCAAAACCCAUGAUUUCAUCUGUACCCCGAUGAUGCGAAUAUCGACGGUUGAAGGGCAGAUGAAGGGAAUGGAUGCACCAAAACAAUGCAUUAAGGCUGACGUUGCCAUAACAAGGAACCCUGCCGCUUUGUGCAUGCUGUGGCACCCCCGGAUUCAGCACGUGUACCUGGUGGGGACAGACGAGGGUUGCAUCCACAAAUGUUCGACGCACUAUCUGAACCAACAUAUGGACGUCUUCCGGGCUCACUCCGGUCCGGUCUACAGCUUGAAAUACUCUCCGUUUAUGGGCUCGCUGUUAGUUUCAUGCGGCGCGGAUUCCGCAAUAAGAUUUUGGAUCGAAGGUAUGGACGAAGUUAUCAUGACUCUUAAUUGCCCUAGCCCUGUUUUCGAUAUCGCCUUCUGUCCCAUCAACUCAACGAUACUAUUGUCAGCGAGUGGCAACGUUUUGUCUAUUUGGGACUUGCGUCGCAAGAACCACAUGCCCUGCGCCGAAUACUCAUUCCCCGCGCAAGUCUGUCUGACCUACGUGAAGUUCUCAUCGUCUGGUCAGAAUGUUUUCGUCGGGGACACCCUGGGUCGAGUCCACACGUUCCAUUUACAGGAUACACCUAUACCACCAUUUUAUCAAAAACAUUUACUCGACGAGGCUAUCAAGAACGCAUUAUGCACGCGACCACAACUAUUGAGACAGCUUGAUAAGCUGAAAAAGUUUAAAGAGAAAUAUUCGAAGCAGGAUCUAUAAUCAUACGUGAUAAGAUUUUUUUUUAGGUUUUUUACAAUGAAAGUAACAACUUAUGACUGUAAUAUAAUUUAUUAUAGAUAAAUAUAAAAUGUACAAUAAUAAUAAUUAUAUAACUAUUAAAAUA